CGUAACAAGCCAAGCGUACCAAACAGACCCGCCUCUCUCGUGAACGCUCUCUAAAGGCCGUGUGGUUUGGGGUUUAAACGUCUCUACAAUUGCACUAGUCUGUGCCCAAAAAUCUUCGAGAGCUUCACAGCCAUGGCGAGCACCAAAGUGCAGCGUAUUAUGACCCAACCCAUUAACUUGAUUUUCAGGUUUCUUCAAAGUAAAGCUCGCAUUCAGAUUUGGCUUUUUGAGCAGAAGGACUUGAGGAUUGAAGGCCGAAUCAUUGUAAGUUUUGAAUUGAACAAAUAUAAAGUUUAUUUGGGUUGAUUUGUUUUAUGGAUGACGCACUGUUCUGUAGGAAAAUGUAUAUAUGCUUGUUUGUUUGUGCAUUCCACUUGGUAUUUUUAUUGUAAGGUUGUUACUGGCACCUCACGAGGCCGUUCUGGCUAUUAACUGCUUAGAGAAGAGCGUAUCUGCUUUUGUGCUGGUACAUCUAAUUUUAUUUGAAUUUAAUGUGAAUAGCUUUUAGGAUUAGUGGUA